AUUAAUACUGGAUCCGUGCCCCGAUAUGCAUCACGUGAAAUUCACGUGACCGUCGUUGUAAUAUUAUCAACCUGUAGUAGGAUACUCAUAAAAGAUUUUCCACCAAGGCUUACACACCAAUGUUGGCAGACAGCACACACAGACGAGAAAAUGGAGCCUCAUCCUUGACUGAUAUGUGUUAGAUGCUGUGAUGGACUUCGACGAAGAAGAAACUGACGUGACUGCAGACUCCAUCAAAAGACAUCGAAAUGACGAAGAUCCGGACAGCGAUUACGAGGGGAUAUGUAAGCCACCCAUCUUACGACAGCUGAAGAACAUUUUGGACCAGUAUCCAGAUGGAUCUCAGAUAAUCAGGGAACUUGUACAGAAUGCGGAAGAUGCUGGAGCCAGAAGCUUCAAGAUUCACUUUGCAGAGGGCAAUCGUCCAACUUCCGCCGGAUCAUCCACAUCAAGAUACACAAAAUACUUCAGGGCCCCUGCUCUGUGUGUGUACAAUGAUGGGGUAUUCUCGGCUGAAGACUGGAAGGGUAUCAAAAGCAUUUACACAAGCGUAAAGGAAAAGGACGCCCUGAAAGUGGGGAGAUUCGGAUUGGGAUUCAAAUCUAUAUUCCAUAUCACAGAUUCGCCAAUAAUCAUCAGCGGAGACAAGCUUCUGAUUAUCGAUCCACACGAGUUACCUCACAGAGUGUGUCACAGAAUUCCCUUCAAAAAACUGAAGACGGAGAAGUACAGGGAGGCGUGGUCAAUCAUGAAUGAAACUCUGGGACUAGAAGGAAAUGGACUGUUUGGACUGAACGAAUCGGUCAUAGAAAAUCAAAAUUAUCCGAGAACUUUGUUUUGGUUUCCAUUACGCCAAGAAGUUUCGGAUCUUUCAAGCAAAAUCUACACAACAGAGAAAAUGACGGAACUGUUUGAAUCUUUCGAAAAGGAGGCGGAAACAAUUUUACUCUUUCUAAAGUCUGUAAUACACAUUUCCAUAUACGACACGCAAGUUCGGGAGAUCUUUAAGGUUCAGAUGAAAGGCAAAGGAAAUAGGGACAUCACAGAAGACCGGGAAUACAUUAAGAAUCAGUUGACAAGGAGUAAAAUUCCUGCGAAAUCCUUAUGGAGUGAAUUCAAAGCUGUUCUCAGAACACAGAGACCACAGAGUCAACAGACAAUCGAUCAGGAGUGGUAUAUAGUUAAUUUAUUUCAAGGGGAAAAUGACAUGUCCGAAAAUAUGACAAAUUUAGCACAUGAUGAACAACUAAGUUAUGCACCAUAUGUGGGGGUCGCAUUUCCACUGACACAAAGACAUCGCGUAAAUUUCAAAGGACAUGUCUUCUGCUUUUUGCCACUACCAAUUGAACCAGACGAUAAAAGUUUGACCAACCUACCAGUCCAUGUCAACGGUUUCUUUGCUUUAACAUCUAACAGACGACAUAUGCUGUGGGCAACUCAAGACCAACAUGAAGGAGACGACAAUAGGUUGGUGUGGAAUAAACUGAUGAUUUCUGAAGUCCUAUCGUCAGCAUACAUCAGGCUUGUAGAGUCCCUUCUUCAAGACUCUGACAUUUCACCAGAAACGAUUUACCAAUGCCUCCCUGAUACAGAAAACGUGGAUUCUAAAUGGUUCAUAUUGUUGAAGCCUUUAUUCACCAAAGUAUUUAAGCUCGAAAUGUUCUGGACAGGAGACAUGGAAACUCCUAAUCGAAGAAAAAUUAGUUUUGAGGAGUCCUUGUUUUUCAUUUUCGACUCUAAGGAGAAAGUAUUUCCAAAAACAACAGAGACUUUGUGGAGUAUGUUAACUGUGUAUACAGAAACGUUAGUUCGCCUUCCUAAUCAUCUGAAGUUUGCUGUUUGCUGCGACGAAUUCGUUUCAGAUAGAUUCAAGGCACGUACAAUAAAUGCAGUUUUAAUCUGUGACUUUCUCAAAAAAAGUCUUCUGUACAAAUCCUUUGAAAGAUCACUGAAACUUGACAUUCUCCACUAUCUGUUGGAAAAUACCACAGUGGGUCGAUUAGAAGAUAUUGAGCUAGUGCCCACAGAUGAUCCAACAAGUUUUGUGUCCUUCAGAAACACAAAAGAAAAAGUUUACAUGUGUUCAAAUGGAGAGGAAAAGAUUUUCCCUUUAAUGGAAAGACAGUUACUGUCCAGCAUACCCGAGGACAUGAAAGGUCAUCUGCUCAAAGUUGCAAAAUCAGGUGAACACGCUAUCAAAGUCUUCUCAACGUUGGAUUUUGGGCAUCUGCUACAGAAAUCAAUAGACAGACAACAAUUAUGUGACGGUGCAUACAUAUCGCCAUCUAAACAGUCACAUAUCUCAAAAUGGAUUUUGGAAGUGUGGAAAUAUCUUGCCACGCAUGAUGAUAUAAUGGAAAGUGUGGAACAUCUCAACAUUCUACCAGAAGCAUCAGUAGACAAUAAUUCUUCCGUUAUUCAACUUCUGAGCCUUAAGGGAAUAUACAUGAUCGAGAGGCAAGGAUCAAGUGUUUUACCAGAAUCUGUUUGUGAAGUACUUCGCUCGCUCGGUGUAACCAUACUGCAAGCACACCCUGGUUAUUUGCCGUGUACUGCAAUAGAGAGGUAUCUCUUUUCUCCAACCAUUGGUGGUGUUUGUGAGAUUUUGGCAAAAUUACUUGCAUCAAUGACCAGUCCACACUGUUUCGUUGAAAAAUUUGAAAAACUACCCGAAUGUAAGCGGAAGGAAUUUGCGGUGUUUAUGAGUCAAGCAAGGAAACUUACACCCAUUGUCGCUACAUUUUUGAAAAGUAUAAAGAUGUUUCCAUCAACCAAGGAUAAGAAUACAGAAUGCAUUUGCUCUUUGUCUGAAGUGAGGAAGUUGGCGCCUCUUAAUGAUGACGAUUAUCCCAUUGGGUUCCCAUAUCCCUUGAUACCCGGUGAUUUCAAGGGAGCUCGUCUGGUACUUGAACUUGGAUUCCAUCAACAAACAGAUGAAGAGCUUACAAAGGAUAUUUUAUGUGCUAUAAAAAAUAGGGAAUACAGUGUGAAGGAUGUUGACGCAUUUAUGACCCAUUUUCUAUACAAAAUACAUACGAACGUCACACCAGAACAGAUUGAGAUAGCUUCAUCAAUUCCAUUUGUCCUAUCCACUGACGGAAAAAGAAGACCACCGAGGGAACUAUUUGGACCUACAGAAGAAGUUCGUGAACUCUUUUAUGGUGAAACCGACAGGUUUCCGGAAGACAUUGCCUUCGCUAAACUACAUGCGAAUGGGUUACAUACACUAGGAUUGAAGUCUGAAAAAGACGUUCUGAUACGAGAUCUCAUGCAAACAUUGGAUUUUUUGACUAGAGAGAAACUGAAUUCACUAAAUCAGACAAGGAUCAAAAUAAGAACUCUUGAAAAAUAUAUCAAUGGUUUGUCUUCAGGAGAACGACAGCAAUUGCUGGAGAAGAUGAAAAGUUCGCGUUGGAUGCUGAAGAUGACAACGAAGCCUAAACACUACCCUCAGAUGAUGACAUGGUGCAGUGCCAACGACAAUCUGGAAAUUCCUGAUGACCUUUAUCAUUCUGAGUACAAUAUGCUAGUUGGAUCAGUGGCCAUGGUUGCUGAAAGCAAUUUAAGUUCUGAUAUUUUAGACUACCUACUGCAUAAACCUCCAAGCAUAGAUGUAGUUCUAAAUCAGUUACUUUUGCUUUCUGGUAAAUAUGAAACUGCCGCAAAUCAUUCAGAAUUUCUGCAAAUGUUACAAAAUAUUUAUCACUACAUUGCCAAAGAAACUGAAUCAGGUUUUGAAGUUGAGCUUCAAGAAGAGGAAAAACUAGUUUGGACAGGGAAAGUUUUCGUGAAACCAAGACAGGUUUUCAUUAACUCUCCGAAUGAAGCAACGGAGAUAGCACUCGAACCUUUCAUGUAUAAGUUACCAGAAGAAUACUCAGAUAACAGCAUGCUCAAAUCGUUCUUCCUUAAAUUAGGAUGCAAAGCAGAGAUUGAGGCUAAAGACCUCAUUUUUAUAUUGAACUGCAUUAAAGACCACCAAAUGAGCUCAACUUUAGUGGAAUCAAAACACAAUUUGUCUGUUGUGGUUAGAAUUCUUGAUAUACUGGAAGAAAUGAAGCAAAUCAAUCGUUUACACGAAGAAGACAUGAGCGGCAUUCUUUUCCCUGUACAAAGUCACAAUAAUAAUUUUCAACUUUUUCCAGUAACAGAAUGUACUUAUGUGGAUUACAAGAGAGACAUCGAAGAAGAGGAUGAAGAUGAAGAUCUGAAAUAUGUUCAUCCCAAAAUCAGGGCUAGUGUGGCUGCAAUCCUAGGAGUACCAUCACUGACUAGAAGAAUCGUAGAAAGUGAAGGAGUUGAGGAUAUACCCUGGGGACAAAAAGAAGAGUUGACGGACCGAUUGAAAAAUCUAAUCGAGGAUUAUGCAGAUGGUACUAGUGUUUUAAAAGAAAUGCUCCAAAAUGCAGACGACGCAGGUGCUUCAUGUCUUCGGAUUUUAUAUGAUGAAAGAACAAAUGAAAAUGCACUAACUGGUCUGAUUGACAAAGGAAUGACGGAAUGUCAGGGUCCAGCAAUAUGGGUAUACAACGACGCGAAAUUUGAUGAAAAAGACUUUGAGAAUAUUAUCAAACUGGGAGCAGGAACAAAAGAAGCCGACUUGACGAAAAUUGGGAAAUUUGGUUUGGGAUUCUGCUCUGUCUACAACAUUACUGACAUGCCGAGUAUUCUGAGUGGAGGGUCUCUAGUCAUUUUGGAUCCGAGAACAAUCCAUUUAGGUAAAGCUUUAAAAAAUAGCAAUCCAGGUUUGAGAUUUAAGAUAUCUGAUUCAAAGACAAGAUACCGCCUGAGGCAUCAGCUACGACCCUUUAAUGGAAUAUUCACGUGCGAUUUUCAGAAUGAACGUGACUGGAUGUCAUACGAGGGGACACUUUUCAGACUCCCUCUUCGAACGGCAAAAGAUGCAGAUGAAACAAAACAUCAAAUUUCUCCAAAACACUACACAGAAGAAGAUGUGAUUCUACUGAUCAAAAAGUUUAUUCAGGAUGCUGGGAAUUUAAUGCUCUUCAUUCAGAGUGUAAAUACGAUUGAAUUCUAUCAUUAUCCACGGGAAGCUACAGAGGCGUGUCGGUUUUACAAAAUACAACGAAAUUCAAAAAUUCCAAAUGCAAACAUGUUAAAGAAAGCAAACGAGGGCUUACUGAAACAAAAUUCAGAGAUGAUACAAGUAAGGGAAGACAUAACCAUUACAGUUGACAUCUUCAAGAAUAAACUGGUUGAAAAAAUGUUUCAAACGGGCGAGUUGAAAGUAAAUUCUUCAGAGACUAAAUGGACAAUAUGCUGGCAGAUAGGAUCUCAAAAUCAAUACCCUUACAAAGACAGUUUAAAGAGACACGUUGUUGUUGGUAGUACAGCGAUUCCUAUCAAACACUGCCUGUUGAUAGAUAGGACAGAAAAGAAAUGUUCUGACAUCCCCCUUGGAUUUUACCGAACAGGUCACAUAUUUUGUUUCCUACCAUUACCACAAGAAUCUUUCAUUCCGGUACAUGUAAAUGGUUACUUUGCAGUUGAGUCUAGCCGGCGACGCUUGACAACAAACCAUUCAGAUAAUGUGUAUUCAGAGGGAGCAGAAUGGAAUAAGUUUAUCUUGAGAAACCCAAUUUGCUUAUCCUUUCUCAAUCUACUGGAGAAUUUAUCAGUAACAAUUCCGAAAGAAAAAUAUUAUGAAAAAUGGCCGCUUCUUGGAAUAGAUGAAAUGAUAAAUGAAUUAGUUAUUUCGUUUUAUGAACGUCUUCUCAUGUCCGAACAUAGAUUGUUUUACGGCGAUGGUUUGUCUGGAGAUGCCAAUACGUAUCAUUUCAAAGAGUGUAUAUUCCUAGAUCCAUCACUGAGAUAUGGCCUAGGCCAAAAUAUCGGAAAGAAAGCUUUCAAUUGUUUCUUGAAAUUCAAUGCAAAUGGAGCAGUCAAACAUGCUAUGGACUUGCCAGAGUGUAUAUACAAACAAUUUCAAGAAAUACCAGCUUGUAAUGCUAAACUGAAAGAAAAUAUUUGUAACGAAAAGACAUUUUUUCUUUUCUCUUUCAUUCCAAGUCUUGCAACAAACUGGUGGUGUAACUCUAUGGAGGAAAGAAAUAUCUUACUAUUGCAUGUACUUCAAUGUGAAGACGAAGGCGUUAAAGCGAAACUUAAAGAAACACCCUGUAUACCAACCAAACCAAAUGGAAAACUACGGAAACCAGGAGAGCUCAUAUUUCCAGAUCCAUUCUCCAGUGGAUUUUGUGUUUUCAGGCUAUUUGAUAUAGAGGAUGAGAGAUUCCCAUCAGAAGAAUUUAUGAAGUCGAACAUUAUAAAGAUACUAAUGGAAUUUGGCAUGAUGAGUGAAAACCUUUCUAAUGAACUAGUAAUUGAUCGCGCCAAAUCCGUACAGAGAUUAUCUUCAAAACCCGAAAAGAUGAAAGAUAGAUGUGACAAUGUGCUUCGAUAUCUGGAAAUGAAGAUGCAAUCUCACGCACAAAUUAAAAAAUCGAUGCAGGAUAUAAAAUUUCUUCCAGUUUUACAAAAGCCUGAAACUUCUCAUUGGCCAUUUAAAUGGUACUCUGCAGAGUCGAAGAAAUUAGAGUCGGGUAAAAAACUCUUUCUUACAAAAUGCAGAAAUAUUGUUGGCUGUGUACAACCUGUUGUUGACUUGGAUGAACAUUUUGACCGUGUACUGGAGUAUUUGGGAUUGCGAGGAUUUGGUGAGGUUGAGGAGAAGACUGUGAUAGACAAUCUUGAAGCGAUAACAACUAAUGUUUCUGAUGGGACGUCAGAAAAAGUGUGGAAUAUUCUUGAAGACGUGUACAAGUAUUUACAUGAAAAUAAUUGCAGAUUGCUAAGCUCCUUCAAAGACAAACAAUGCCUCUUGACGAAAUCAGCAGGAUUAGUCAAACCAGAAAUCUGCGCAAUAGAGCUUCAAACUAACAUAGAACCAUUCUUGUACAAAGUAGAAGACAGAUGGAAAAAAUAUACAAACUUUCUACAUAACAUAGGUGUAAAACAGAAUUUCUCAAUCCAUUGCCUUGUUCAAACUAUUGUUAUGAUUGACCCCAAGGAAGGCGAAUCCUCAAAUCAUGUUCCAUCCAUUGUACGCCUAUUCAACAUGCUCUCAAAACCUACUAGAAGGUCUAAGUUUCAAUCUGAGUGUGAUUUAAAAACCAUGCUACUUCCAGAUGAGAAUGGAGUCAUGAGAAAACCGACCGACCUGUGCAUUGAUGACAAAAAAAGUAGAAUAGCAAAAGACAAUAAGAUUUUGUUUGUGCAUGGAGAUCUAAACACAUGGACGACAUCUCUUUUUGAAAUCAAGUCAAAAAGUGCCCAGUUCAUCAAACGUUAUGCAGGAGCGAUUUCAUUUGGCCAAUCGGAAAAAUUAGUGACAAGAUUGAAAGGAAUCUUGCGAGAUUAUCCAUGUAAUAUAUCCAUUUUGAAUGAAUUACUCCAAAAUGCAGAUGAUGCUGGAGCAACGGAAAUACACUUCAUUCACGACCAACGGACGCAUCCAAAAGAGUCUCUGUUUGAUAAAUCUUUGGAGCAUACUCAAGGGCCAACUUUGGUGGUUUUCAAUAAUUCUUGUUUUUCAGAGAAAGACAUUGAGGGAAUAUCAAAACUUGGAGAAGGAAGUAAAGGAUCGGAUCCAAUGACGACGGGUCAGUUUGGUAUUGGAUUUAAUGCUGUUUAUCAUAUGACUGACGUCCCAUCCUUCUUGACAAUAGGAGAAAAGGUCCCAAAUGGUGGUGCAUUAGUCAUGUUUGAUCCACAUUGCAAGUAUGUUCCUCUUGCAACACCACAAAACCCAGGAAUGAUACUUGAGAACAUUCAGAUUAUCAAGGAGACGUAUCCUGAUAUGUAUCAUGCCUAUCUCACAGAAGAGGUUCCUUCUUCAACAGGAACAUGGUUUAGGUUCCCAUUGAGAACAGAUAUAAUGGCACAACAUUCAGAAAUAAAGCGUGGGAAACCUAUGGGGAAUGACGAUCUGAUAGAAUUGUUUUCUUUAUUGAGAGAGGACAUGCCUAAAUCACUGAUGUUUCUAUCGAAGAUAGAUAAAAUCACCCUGUCAGUGAUACCAGAGGAUGGCGAAAUACAGCAAAUAGCUUCAGUGUCGGCGAGAAGAAAUCAGACAGAUCAAAAUAAGCUGCAAAAGUUCAAUAGUGACAUAAAGCAGUACAUACACGCUCUACGGGCAGGAGAAGUUAUUGAACCUUUAUCCGUACAAUAUCAGCUAAACUUGGAUGUGUCAUGUAAUGAGAGCAAUGACCACGAGUUGUGGUGUGUUUCUCAAGUCUGUGGUGUUCAGGCGUCCGCGGAAGUGAGCCAGCGCUUGAUAGAUGCAUACAAAAAUGAAGAAAUUUCUUUAUCACCAAGGGCAGGAGUUGCUUACAAAGUCGUAGAGGAACCGGACACACAGUCGUCACAAGCAUUCAACUUUCUCCCAUUACCUGUCACAACCAAACUUCCUGUGCACAUAAAUGGCCACUUCGCUGUUGAUGCAGCUCGGACUAAUAUUUGGCAAGAUGUCGGAUAUGAAACUUUGAAAGGGUUUUGGAAUAAUUUUCUUCUAGAGUACGUUCUUCCGUUUGCAUACACUGAGCUUGUCUGCUUUCUUCGAGGAUAUUUGUUCAAAAAAGAUGCAGAAAACGUAUUGGAAACAGUUAAGAUAUACAACAACGCCUUUCCUAUUUUAUCGUCUGUGUCAAAGACAAAGUGGGCUCGCCUAGUCAAGGGAUUUUACCAAACAACCUGGGAAAAGAAGAUGGAAAUAUUCCCAAUAUAUCUACCAGUGGAAGUAUAUAAUACGUUAAAAGGCACGCGUCAUUUUCUCACCAAAGAAACACAGAGUAUAGUGACCGGAGAAUGUAUUUCAUUUGUUUCUUUAAACAACGAUGACCACAGAUUUUUAGCAUACUUUAUGCCACUAACGACAACUAGAGGUCACAUUCAUCUGACGAGACAACAACAUGAUGAGAUGUCAUCGCUCGAUACAGAGUUGCCAAGCAUUUUGAAACUGUUGGGAAUGAAAAUAUUAACAUACUCGACGGAUAUUGCAAAUAGCGUACAAAAGACUUUACAACCUCAUAAAAGAGCCCCAUUCCUUACUGUCGGUGACAUUGUGAUGUUUUUAAAGUCAUGGAACACUGAAGCUGUUGAUAAAUGUCGCAUUACAACAGUGGGGGUUUCGAUAGAGAAGACACUGUUUCGGGAUAUAAAACCAAUACAACAACUUUUAUCUGUCUGCUUUGACUCCACAAUACACAACCAACUAGAAGGAAUACCUCUCUGUGUUAGAAAUGACAACAUUCUGGAAGUCUUUUCUAAGGACAAAAAGAAAUUGUUUUCCAAUUACAGUGAUUUACUACCUGAGUCUUCAGAACAAUUUUUGCACAAAGAGCUUAAUCAUAUUUUCGAGAAACAACUGUCUAUAGUCAGCGAUUUCCUUUCACCACUCAGUUUAGAAACGUUCUCGAAAUUGCUUGGCAAAACAUUAUCCAGUCGGUUACAUGCAGAGAUCCCUGUUCCAUUGUCAGAAAAACACCAGGACAGAAAAUGGUUCUGCAGAUUUUGGGAAUACUUGUCGUUCCUCUCUGGAAAAGAUGUUGCAAGAGACUGCGAAAAACAUUUAGGGUCUUGGUGUUUAAUACCAGCAGCAGCGAAGUCCAGCAAAAGGGUUGUUUUAUUUCCCUUCAAAUUACGAUAUGCUGUUCUUGAGACAGCGUCGUUUUUGGAAAAUCCUCCACCUUUGUCUGAGGACCCAAAGAUAGGAAAAAUUUUGACAAAUCUUGAUAUCCCGUCGCCUUGGAAAACUUAUAUUGGAGACUCUUUUCCCUUAAGGAAGUUGGUGCAACGUGUUUGUGCUUCUUCAUUCACUCCAGAAAAUGUUCUUUCUUGUUUGAUUCACCACAAGGUACGAAGUGCUAUAUCUCUGAAAGAUGCAGAAUUACUCUUGAUGUACCUCUUCCGAAAAUUAUAUGAUUCAUUCAGUACAUUGAGGGACAAAUUCAGAGAGGUCAUUUUGUAUGAAUCCAUAGAUGGAGUAUUGACGAAUUUAAGGACUGAGGGGGAAAUAGUAUGUAUGGAGCGUGGUUCCAUUCCAACGGCAGGACUGCAGACUCUCUGCAAACAUUACAGUUUGAAGAUACUCAAGAAAAAUUCCCUGCUUUAUGAACUACACAAUGCAUUUGCAGUGAAAGAAAUGAAUGCUAUAAGCUUUUAUAAAGAUUAUUUUCUUUCAAACCCCCAAUUAUUUGAUCUUGAAACCCGAAUGAUCCAUAUAGAAUACAUAAAACAAAAAAACCUCUUCGACAGUUCUAUGCAACAUUUGAUACGAAAUUUCCCUUUUAUUCAAAACACAGAGACAAGGAGGUUGCAAAGAGUUUGUGAAUUUCUGACUCCCUUUUCGCGAUUAUGCCGACAGAUGUGUACCAAACGAGAAUUGCUACCAUUAGAUCCAUUCUACAAGGAGGAUUGGAAAGAAUUUUUAGUUUAUGCUGGUCUCAAAAUACAGAUUCCCGUCGAUGUUUUGCUUAGAUUUGCGAAAGAAAUAGAUGAAAGACAAUCCCGUGGUAUUGAUGAAUCUUUAGUGUCUCACUCAAAGCUACUUCUUGCAGAAAUAAUGAAUGUUCCUGAUCUUCACAAAGAGCAACAUUUCUUGCGUGAACUCAGACAAAUUAAAUGUCUUAUCCCAGGCAAAGUUGAAAAAGAGUACGCACAAAUUGUAGGACAUUUUAUAACUGGUCAGAGAUUAAUUUCAUUUGAAAAUGCAGUGUAUCCUGAAAGUAAGCUAAUGAUAUGGUCUUCGUGCAAAAUAUUGCCAAACCUAAAGCAUCCGAACAUACUACAAUCAUCAUGGAAAGUAGUGGAAGAACUCCUGUUGAUUCAGAAAACUCCGCCUCUAAAGGAUGUGAUCUCUCAUAUUCACAAACUUUGUUACAUGUUAGAGAAGAUGGUAAGAAGUGAAGAUCAAAAUCGAAAAUUACAAAACAUUAAGGGCGGAUUACACUUCUUCAUGGAAACAUUGUAUUCAGACCUAGAGGGUCUUGCUCCGAACUCGAACGAUAUUGCAAAAUUGAAAAAAGGAUUUUGUGAAACUCCUCUGAUUUACAACAAAGAACACAAUCGUUUUCUUCGAUUGGAUCAAGUUGCUUUAGAACAGAAACGCGAUGAAGAAAUACCGCCUUAUCUUUGCAGAGGAAGUGAAAUAUUUGGAAAGCAUUAUGAAUUUUUUAGAAAACUUGGAGUUGCUGAUGAAGCAUGCAUUCACCACUAUGUGAGGGUAUUUGAUUUGCUGCACACUUCUGUCGGAAACCGAACACUAUUUCCCCAGGAGCUCGAGAUUUGCAAAAAGACAAUGACAGGAUUUCUAUGUUCUCUGGAAAAAUUAUCAAAUACUUCUGUACCAGAAGAUGAAAAGUAUGCUAAGCUCCUUGAGUUUCCUUGCAUUUAUUUACCAACAGAUGUGGGUGGGUCCGUCAUGUUGGUUAAAUCUUCCAAUCUGACUAUACGAGAUACACCACACUUUGGGAAUAGAAUGGGAAACUUUGAUCUCAUUAAAUUUAUCAAAUCUGUAAAGAAUGAUAUUCAUCAUGAAAACAGAUUGCUUUCCCGCCUUCCUGGUGAUUUUCGACCAAUGUUACUCUCACAACAGGUGAAAGAGGUCCUUCAUUCAGUGGACACAUGUGAAUGUUCUGGACUUGUGGAAACUCUGAAUAGGAAAUUUCAGAAGGCAGAUUUUGUAAAGGGAAUAUGUGAUAUACUUUCUAAAUCCGCUGAUUUUACGGGAGCUAUACGGGAACAAUGUGAAGAAAAUUUGCGCAGAUUACGUAUUCAACAGGUCUCUAAUUUAGAAACAAAACUUGUCUUUCGUAAAGAAAAUAUGGAAAUUAGUGGUUCUCUACGACCCCAAACCAUAUUCUAUGAAUCAGAUGAAUCAGUUGUGUAUAUGAAUAUUCUUCAAAAUUCACGUUCAACAUGGCGAUAUAUUAGGGACCAGUUGUUUGAAAUCUUAGUCAAAAUUACCAAUGGUAUUGCGAUUCAACACCGUGACAUAUUAUUGAAAGUGAUUGAAUCCGAGUCUGACGAGGAAAUGAAAUUGGUGUUGUCAACAUUGGGUGUAAAUUGCGAAUCCAUCUGGGAACCAAACCUAGGAUCGUAUGUUCCAGCAGAUCUUCAUGAUUAUCUUGACAACUCUAUUCGGGAAUUGCAUCCUGGAGAAAUUGUGGCAUACGAAGUUCUUAAUCCGUUGCAGGAUGAUGUAUCAGACUAUGUGUUUAUUUAUGUCAGAAUAAUCAAGAAAAGAGACAAUCGCAUGUUUCCGAUGUAUGAUAUCAAUGAUGGUUCGGGUAUUCACUGUGAAAUUGCAUUCAGAUUAUAUCGCUUUGUUCACAGUGAUGAAAGCAACACAUCCACAGAAAUUGAGCGGUAUACGGACCUUCAAGGAGAAGUGUAUCAAUCAAGAAAAGGCGUCAUUUUCGAAGAGAUUAAAUUGACAUUAAUUGAAGCAUGGAAAUACGACCUAAGUGAUUUCCAGCGGGUGAGGUUUAGAUUAUUGAUGAAUUGGCAUCCAGAUAAACAUUCAAAUAACCCCUUGGCUACAGAAGUGACCCAAUACAUCAAUGAGAUAGUUCGACGACUAAAGAAUGGAGAAUUCGAAGAGUUCUUACGGAGCAAUUCUGAUGAUUCUACAGAAAGAAGAAGUUACUACUACCGAAACAGAAAACGCAGACAAAGGGAUCAUUACAAUGGCGAGCAGCAUUCUGCGCAUGCCCAACCCCAGAGGACGAACUACGAUGAUUGGUUGCAUGGCUAUAUGAAUCGUAGAAGAAGCCGAAGAAGAGGCAAUUGGACAACCUGGGGCAGAGGUCAGGAAAAAUUGCCGAAUCCUCAACCCGACGUUGGAAAACUCUGGUUAAAGCAAGCCAAAUACGACAUAAAUACAGCACUCCAACUGAGGAGAUGUGUCACGUCUCAGGCGAGCGUUGAUGAGGGGGACGUACAUACUCUAAAGUGGGUUUGCUACAUGUGUCACAAGGCCAUUGAGAAGUGCAUAAAAAGUUUGAUGUAUCGCAAUGAUUCAAAUAAGGCAGAGGGAUAUCGAAAGACCCAUGAUUUGGUUUCCGUGUCAUAUGGCGUGUCAGUUCCCGGACUGACCGACUUGUGUCGACAGUUCGUCUCCGAGGUUUGUGCUAGUUCAAACAGGAUCAUAUACCCGUCGUUCAACAGUGUGUUCACCUCAAACCACGUGGACAGGGGGUGCAGUCUUGCGAAAGAAGUCGUUGAGCUGUGUGACGAACAGUGGAAUUAAUAUCUACAGACACCGAACAUUCCUAGUAACUUGAAUGUAACUUGGUUCAAUAAUUGAUAGCACUGUUAAUAAAUAAAAUAAAUUUCAUCGCGAGAACUUUAAUUUCGCUUAAAUAAAGCACGAAAACGAAAAUCUCCAUAACAUUGUAGAUAAUGGUUUUUCGAAAAUUAUUUCUUACAAAGCAAGAUCGCAGAAAUAAAGUAUAUGUAUCGAGAAUAAUUAGAGACUUGCAGCGUUUUUGUACAGGAUGUAGAGAAUUUUGAUGUGUUUUAGAGGAUGCAAGUAUAGAAUUUCAGUGUUUUAUAGAGAAUUUCAGUGUUUUAUAGAGAAUUUCAGUGUUUUAUAAAGGAUCUAGAGAAUUCCAGUACUUUAUCGAGAAUGUAUAGAAUUUCAGUGUUUUAUAGAAAAUUUCAGUGUUUUUUAUAUCUCUAGAAUGUGUAGAAUUUGAGUGCUUUAUGGAAAAUUUUUAGUGUUUUAUAUAUAAUGUAUAGAAUUUCAAUGUUUUAUGGAAAAACUUAUUGUUUUAUAUAGAAUGUAUAUAAUUUCAAUGUUUUAUGGAUUUUUUUUUAGUGUUUUAUAAAGGGUUUAGAGAUUUUCAAUGUCAGAAACCGACAGCAGGUGAAUUGAGACCGACGAUAUGAAAAUUCUUUUUGUAAAUGUCCUUCGAAAUUGAAAUUGUAUGUUUGAUAAGAAAUGUUUAAAUGUGCGUUUAUCAAGGAAGACAUUGGACUUGGUAUCAAGAGUUAUUCAGCCCGGUAUACGAUGAUGUGCAUACAAAGCUGAGUAUUUUCUUGAUACCGAAUGACUGCGGUAACAGUCCUACCGCUUUUUUCUUUUUUUUUGGUCAUCAUUUUAAAAUGACAUUUGUAAUUGAUGGUGAACUUAUAUAUUAUUAUUAUUAUUAUUCUAAUAUUUACAAGGUCAAUGAAAUGUGACAUUGUACAAUCAUGUGCUAUGCUACAGAAAAUGAUGAUUCGAUGUUUUGUGUAUUUAAAAAUUUAAUUUGCAUUCAUUCGACCAAAUCUGCACACAGGAGCAGAAAAUUGGCUUUUGCUCAUGCACGUGUACAGAGUUACACCUACCCCAGACUGGUAUCAUAGACGAGUCUGAUAGCGACAACGGAACAGAAGAUUAACGAGUAUUUCUUCCAUAUUAUUUUAUUAUCUUAACAAUUGUUUUGAAGAAAAACUUCUCCUUAAUUCUUGUCGUUUGAUAUAUUUGCAGGUGUACAUGAAUAAUUAUUUCAUUAUAUAUAAAGUAUAAACGCCAAUUUAUUUUUGUUUUUUUUAGCAAUUUGUAUAUAUUUUAAUUUAGUAUAUCAUUUUGGUAUUUUUACCGAUUUUUUUUUCAAUUAUGACGCCUUGAUUGUUUUCUUUCUAAUAAUGUGCAUGUUUGCUAAUGAGAAAUGAAAAUAUACGUUUAAAUAACACGAAUUUGAAUGGUAUUUAUAUAAUGACAGAAUUAGUGGUAUACUCAUAUACAAUGUCAAUAAUAUGGAAUGCUUCUAUACAUCCACGGGGGCACCAUGUACCUGGAAUGUUAGUUCGGAUAACAAGUCAAUUUUACUCCAAAGUACCCGCACUUGGGUUAUCUAUCUACAUCAUGUCAUUAUUAUUAUGAUGCCCCCACCCCCACCCCCGGAAUCGAAGAUUCGGGGGGGGGGGGGGCAAAUAGUUUUUAGCCUGUCAGCCUAAUACAAAAAACUUUAACCUUGGUCGUAUUUUUUACACAAUAACAGGAAGAGCUUUUAUAUUUGGUGAAUGUAUUUCUUGUGGCAAGACCUUUCCAUUGACACUGAAAUCUUUAACCUUGUGACCUUUGACUUUGUUCCACUUUGUUAUAAUUCGUGGCAUCAGUGUUUUUUUGUUUUUUGGUGUGUUUUUUUUGGUGUGGUUAUUUGGUGUUUUUUUUUUUUUUUUUUUUUUUUUUUUUUUUUUUUUAUUUAAACUGAAUAACAAAUACAUGUACAUUAUAAAUGUAGUGAUUUUAAUGAAAAAUUGCGAAUGCACAGCAAUUCCCGUACAUUCUAAUCGACGCUUUGUAUAUGAUCAACGUAAAAUUGUCAUUACAUGUAUAUAUAGAUAAAUUAUGUACUAUUGAAUAGUGUGCGGGUCCUAGGGUUUUAUAACGCUGUACAGUUUUAUGGAUUUAUAACUGCGGCAUAUUUCGGCCAAUAGCGUACCACGUUCUUUGUUUUUAUAUGUAAGUAACUUAAGUUUGUUCACACGGCGAGGUUUGCUUGUACGAGUAUUUUUAUAUAUAAGCAAAAUAUUUGCUUAUCAGUAAAGCUCGUCGUAUAAAUAAGAAUUAUGUUUCACGAGAUCUUAACCUUUCUCUAUCAAAUUAUAUUUGUAUUGAUGUUGUAUAUGUGCUGUGAACAUGCAUCUCUAGAUUGCGUUUCUCAGUACCUAAUUAUCGCUAUUGUUAGUUUUAAUCAUUGUAGUGAAAUUACCCAACAAUGGGUCUAUGAUUGGAAAUAAAAUUAUCUUUAUCUAA